GCUGAGAGGAGCCGGUGAGCAGAUCUACAGUCUGAAGCCUCGCGCUUUCUUUAACUCUCAGCUCAUGUUGUUUGUUUAUCACAUUGUUUUACUGUUUGUUCAAACCGUUAGAGAACUACAACCGGGAUUCAUAACGCGGAGCAGCGCGUGAGAGGGAACACGUGCUCCCUGCAGGUGAGCUCCUCCGCUGUACAACCUCCAUCACUCUGGGGUCUCAACCUCUCCAGGACCAGGACUCCAUGACGGACCAUAAAGCCUUCGUACCUGCACAGACUGAGGGGGAUGGAGCAGGACCCCCUUCAGGUGCUGGGGGUCAGUGACUCUGCCCCCCCUCAGGUGGUGGGGGUCAGCAGGUGUGACUCCGCCCCCCUGCUGUGGAGAGAUCAGGACCUGAGGGCAGUGAGGGUGCGGGGCCUGGUAGGGGCGCUGUUAGGAGCCCUGCCUCGGACCCCCCGACAGAACGGGAGGCUGGGGAGACCCCUGCUGCUGCUGCCCAGGGAGGAGCGCAUGCUAACAGAGCUACAUGCUAACAGCCAAUGCUAACCAGGUGAGUGUACCUGCUGCUAACCAGUGAGUGUACCUGCUGCUAACCAGGGUGGAGGGGGGGUGCAGCUCAGUCUGCAGGUGAAGCAGCACCUGGAGGAGCAGGAGAGGAGCUUGGAGGAGCAGAGAGUCCUCGCUCUGCAGGACAGGAAGUCAGCGCUGCUGCACGCCAUGACAUCAUCACACACAGGUGAGAGCAGUGACAUCAUCACACACCGGCAAGGGCGGGGCUUCAUCACUGCCACGAGGGGACCGGGCCUUCUCAGGGCCCAGCAGCCAAUCACAGCGCAGCACGACUUCCUCAGGGCCCAGCAGCAAUCACAGCGCAGCACGACUCCAAGGCCCCGCGCCAGGUACCAGGUGUUCAGAGACCUGAGGGGGGCGGGCUUCUACCUGACGUGCGGGAAGUUCGGAGGAGACUUCCUGGUUUUACCCAG